CUAACUUAACCACGAUGGCGAAGAGCAAACAAACGCAGAAGUUUGCGGCAAUGAAGCGAAUGAUCAACCUGAAAGACAGCAGAAUAAAGUUCCAAGAGAGAGAGAAAAAGAAGAGAAAGAAAGCAGAUCCCUCAAAUAUGAAGAUACGAGAAUUACCACAAGCCUCAUCUGCCAUGUUCUUCAAAUAUAACACCCAACUGGGACCCCCAUAUCAUGUACUGGUCGACACCAAUUUCAUCAACUUCUCUAUUAAGAAUAAGUUAGACAUCGUGCAAUCAAUGAUGGACUGUCUGUAUGCUAAGUGUGUACCCUAUAUUACAGACUGUGUCAUGGCAGAAAUAGAAAAACUAGGACCCAAAUACAGAAUUGCAUUGAGAAUGGCUAAAGAUCCAAGGUUUGAACGUCUGACUUGCUUGCACAAGGGCACAUAUGCUGAUGACUGCCUGGUCAACAGAGUCACAGAGCACAAAUGCUACAUAGUGGGCACAUGUGAUAAAGAUCUUAGAAGGAGGAUAAGAAAAAUACCUGGAGUUCCAAUCAUGUAUUUACAACAACACAAAUAUUCCAUUGAAAGAAUGCCAGAUGCGUAUGGAGCUCCAAAGGUUUGAAGUGACCUGGAGGACAUCAACAAGGAUAAUAUAAAAAUACAACAUAAUAUGUAUAAUGUCAUACAGAUCUAACACUAGACAUUUUAUUGUUCAAUGUCUAAAUGUGAUAAACUAUACAGAAACACUUAGCCUGUACAUAGUUAGUGUUAUCAUCUCAAAAUAAGAGUCUGCAAAACACUCGACAUGGAAAGGAAUAAAUGUAAAUGAUGC